ACCUUCCAUUUUGGUAGCUUCAACCCUGCAGCUGCUGUGUCUCUCCCUCGUCUGCGAAGAAAACUUUCACAUUAAGAGUUGCUGAUGCUGGAUUUUCUUUCUCUCCCCUCUGAGUGUUGAUGAGCUCUGCGCUCCUGACAGCGGCGAUCUGGCUCUCAGCUUUGUGGGUCGGAAGAAGUUGGGUCUAUAGAUUUUUUUCUUUCUUUCUUUCUUUUUUUUCCCCCAACUCUCCAUUGAUGCGUUGAGCUUCUGAGGGGAUCCCACCUACCCGUAAAGCAUGUUGCCUUCUCAAGGAGUCCUCUUGCAUCCCUAUGGCGUACCUAUGAUCGUUCCAGCCGCCCCCUACUUCCCAGGACUGAUCCAGGGUAAUCAGGAAGCAGCAGCUGCCCCUGACACAAUGGCUCAGCCUUACGCUUCGGCCCAGUUUGCCCCCCCUCAGAACGGCAUCCCCGCGGAAUACACGGCCCCUCACCCCCACCCCGCACCAGAGUACACGGGCCAGACCACCGUCCCGGAGCACACGUUAAACCUGUACCCUCCCGCGCAGUCACACUCGGAGCAGAGCGCAGCGGACACGAGCGCGCACACCGUCUCGGGCACGGCCACACAGACAGAUGACGCGGCGCCCACGGAUGGCCAGCCCCAGACACAGCCUUCGGAAAACACGGAAAACAAGUCCCAGCCCAAGAGGCUGCAUGUCUCCAACAUCCCCUUCCGGUUCCGGGAUCCGGACCUCCGACAAAUGUUUGGCCAAUUUGGUAAAAUCUUAGAUGUUGAAAUUAUUUUUAAUGAGCGAGGCUCAAAGGGAUUUGGUUUCGUAACUUUCGAAAAUAGUGCCGAUGCGGACAGGGCGAGGGAGAAAUUACACGGCACCGUGGUAGAGGGCCGUAAAAUCGAGGUAAAUAAUGCCACAGCACGUGUAAUGACAAAUAAAAAGACUGUCAACCCUUAUACAAAUGGCUGGAAAUUGAAUCCAGUUGUGGGUGCAGUGUACAGUCCUGAAUUCUAUGCAGGCACCGUGCUAUUGUGCCAGGCAAACCAGGAGGGAUCUUCUAUGUACAGUGCCCCCAGUUCACUUGUAUAUACUUCCGCAAUGCCCGGCUUCCCGUAUCCAGCCGCCACGGCGGCGGCCGCCUACCGAGGGGCGCACCUGCGCGGCCGUGGCCGCACCGUGUACAACACCUUCCGGGCCGCGGCGCCCCCGCCCCCGAUCCCGGCCUACGGCGGAGUAGUGUAUCAAGAGCCUGUGUAUGGCAAUAAAUUGCUGCAGGGUGGUUAUGCUGCAUACCGCUACGCCCAGCCCACCCCUGCCACUGCUGCUGCCUACAGUGACAGAAAUCAGUUCGUCUUCGUUGCAGCAGAUGAAAUUUCUUGUAACACCUCUGCAGUUACGGACGAGUUUAUGCUACCGACCCCUACCACCACACACUUGCUCCAGCCCCCACCUACGGCGUUGGUGCCAUGAAUGCUUUUGCACCCUUGACUGAUGCCAAGACUAGGAGCCAUGCUGACGAUGUGGGUCUCGUUCUUUCUUCAUUGCAGGCUAGUAUAUACCGAGGGGGAUACAACCGUUUUGCUCCAUACUAAAUGACAAAAACCAUUAAAAAAAAAAACAAAACCUUCCAAUGUGGGGAAAAAGGAAGCUUUCCGAGGCCUGGGUAUUGCAAUACAUGCAGUAGUGCAUCAUUUUAGCAUCUAAAAAAAAAAAAAAAUUUAAAUUAAAAAGAGGAAAAAAAAUUACAUUUUUUAUCUUAUACCUCAGAUAUUUUGUUCUGUGUAUUUUAAUAUUGUGGGUCUUUCAUUUCUGAAGGUUCUGUAGUUUGGUUGCUGGCUGUAGGCAGUUUUUCUUUGUGGUUGAUCUAGAGAGAUGCUAGCUAUGACUAAACACUGGUAUAGGGCCAUAUCCAGAGUGCUGUAUUCUGUAAAUGAAUUAUAUAUGCUGAAUAUUAAGCUACUGGGGUUAUCAGCUGUUGGGGAAGAGUGUAAGUGACUACAGGAGUCAUGUUCUUUUCUGCAUCCACAUUAUUUUAUUUUAUGAAACGGGAAGGGUGGGAGGGACCUAGGGGGUUGGGGACUGGGGUUUGGCUGAAAGGGAAAAAAAAAAAAGUAACUGAUGAAUCUAAACGACCCACUGCACCAACGUCCAUAUAGCAACGGUUCUAAGUUACUCACUGUCAGUUCAAGCCAAAGGUUAGGUUGUUAAGAGGAUGCUUCUAGAAAUACUUGUGCAUCCAAGCUGAAUGCAGCUGUGCAAACCCACCCUUUACAACCAUUCCACCCGGCAGUAUUCAGCUUCUUAACCAGCCAGUAGUUAUUUAGGCAAAAGACUGCUAGUUAGGCCAUCUGCAAGCAUUCUUUUUAUAUUUCUUCCAGUAUAAUAAAUUAUUGAUAUCAUUGCUGACUUUUAUAUUAUGGGAGGGAAAAAAAAUAACAUUAAUAAAAAGGUGAUAAAAAGCACUGUUUCUAUUUUUUUCUUUUUUUCCAAAAAAAAGAAAGUAAUAAAAACUUAAAUUCUUUGUACCAGUGAAAAAAAAAUGUAUAAAAUUUACAUCUGUGCAGUGGCGUUGUUAAGUUCUAGAAACAGUCUUUCGAAGCUUUAGUUUUAGCCUCGUAGAACAACUGUUACAGACAAGACGUAUAAUUUUUAUGGAAUUACAUGAUAAUCAUAUUCGGAUUUAUAGAAGCAUUUUACAAGUAUUGCAAUCAUUGGGUAGAGAUAAUCAUGGUAUUUUCAUCUGCUUGGUACUUUUUGAAACAUGACCAUGUUGUGUAAGCAACCUGCAAUUUUUCAGUCCGUGAGAGCCCGCCCUCCCAUUUUUUUCCUGAUCCCCAAGGAUUCUCUCAAAUCAAUAUCUUUAGUUUUCUUUGUUUGUCUCCAAGGCCCAGGACACUUGUCAAAAGGAAGCAAAAAAAGUAGGUCCGUCCACCCUCAACAUCCCCUAAAGAACGACCCCCUCCCCCCCACCUCGGAAGCAGGGCCAAAAAUGACGCAUCCGAAAAAUUGCAGUUUGUCUGUAUACUUCUUCUGUUCGAAGUCCUUUCAUGUUGUUCUGUUUACAAAGUUAAUCUCAGUUGGGGUAUCUGUCACGGAUCUUCCUGUUUUUGUAUUUAAAUAAAAAUAUAUAUAUAUAUCCUGCAGCAAGUCGUCCCCAGUAGUUUUGCUGCCAUAGUUAAGAAUUUCCAUGUGUGUGGUGCAGGCCUUCUCAUGGCAUGCACUUUAGUAAAGCUCUCAACUCACUGCUGUGAGCCUGCCAAUCCGCUGUAACAACUCUGCUUUAAGACAAAACCAGACAAAACUUAAAAAAAAAAAAAAGUGUUUGUGAUCCAGCUUUUCUCUUGUCAUCCAAUGUGCAUGCAGUAAGAUCAGUUGGAUAUUAAACCAUCAAUAAAGUUUCACAAGAUUUGAAAACCGAGUUUCUGUAGCUUCGCUAUCUAAGAUCACCAUGAUCUUGCAAAAAAAACAAAAAAACAAAAAAAAAAGAGAGAGAGAGAGAGAAACGGGGGAAAACUGCUGCUUAGCAGCCAAAAGCAGAGAAAACUAUUCUUUUCACCAGUGGGGGAGGGAAGAGGGGAGAGGGUGCUUGAUAGCAUCCCUGAGACAUUCUCAUCUUCCCCCACAUGGAAGAAGGUGUUACGACAACGGGUGCCUGGUUGAUGUUUUUGAGGGAAAGGACGUAUUAAGAUGCUAAGGCAUCCAACCCCAAAGUGGGGUGAGGUAGAAGGAACAGGGGGUUUGGGAGAAUCAAGCAAAGUCUCCCAUGUGUCUCAGAUUUCAAAAUCCAGAAUUUGCACUGUAUUUGGAAUCACAAACAUAGAAUUCUUACUGUGUUGGUUCAAGUAAAAUUAAUUUGCAGUUUUGAUUUUCAUUGAUGAGCUGUACUUUCCCCCAUGACUGUAUGUAGUUUUAAUAAAAUCAUUUAGAGCAAGUGGGUGCCAACUGAUGUUACAGACUCUUUUGUCAGGCACUCCUCCAAGAGGCCAAUAAGUCAUUUUAAAAUGUAUGUCAGAGAUGUAAACAGACAUUUUGGAUUUUUUUAAACGGUAUUUAUUUGGAAUGUUUUCAUUUAUCUAAAUAACUAUUGCUAUUAUGAAUUAUGGAAAAAAAAAGAUUACUAUCAUGUGUGGCAUAUAGUGACUUAACACACACCUCACGCAAUCUGCAAACCCAGAAAAUGUGUAUAUCUGUCUUUAGAAAUUAGUGUUUAUAUCACUUACAGUGGUUUGUGAAUAAAGAAAACUGGUUUGUAAUAUCAAAAAAAUAAAAGCUUAGUCUGAAAAGGUC